UUGAAUAUCUUGUUCUUAUUGGCAAAGUUGCGAAGCAAUGACUCGAUGUUUUGUCAUUUAACGUAUCGUCCUUUAUGCAAAUUCGGAAUAUUCAAAGAAUAAGUGUCCAAAGCUCUGAAGUUUCGAGGCAGGUGAGGAAGAAGCUCAGGUUAAGUGAGUGCCUGCAGUAUGAAGUUAUCAUCAAUAUAGUACCCAACAACAACAAAAUGAAAUGAUUGAUGCAUCAAUGAUUUUGCUCAUCCGGAGUUUCCAGGAAUUAAUUUAUGUCACAGGCUGCAAAAACAAUACCCCUUUACAUUUUUUUAUUUUUAUUUUCUUUGGAGUAUUUGAAUUUUAUAUAUUUAGUUCAAUAUUUAAAAUAUUAAUACAAAAUGCAAACACAAUUCAAACUACAAUAUGCAUAUGAAAAGAUUCAUACCCAAAUAUUCAAGAACCAGUAAUGUCAGCUGAUAAAUCAUUUGAUGUCAUGGCCUUGUUAUAUUAAAAUUAUAUUUCUAAAAAUAUAUAUAUAGUCAUCCGUCCAGGUCUUAACUUCAGUUUAAUGGUUGGUUAUGCCCUGUGUAAUUAAAUAGAUGCGAACAAGAAAAAAAUCCUUUCAGUGGGGGCAAAAGACGAUCUAAAGAUCAAUAUAGCCAAAAGAAGCAAGUUGAAGAAUGUAGGAUAUUUUAAAAUUGCCCAUCCAAUGUCCAAUCCGAUUAUAUUAUCCAUUUAAUAAAGAAAAUGAGAAAACAGGGUUUUAUUUUUUUUUUUUGUUGAAUAGUUUAGGUUGAGGACACACAGUCAGUACGUUGAAAGCUACUGGAUAGAAGAAGAAGCCAUCUGGUGAAUGAAAGCUCUGGGAGAGAAGCUAAAGCCACUAUCAUAGCAACAAUCCAACGGCUGACAAAUGACGGGAGUGCUGUGAAAGGCUUAUCUUCUCUUCUCUGCCUUGACUCUAUAUACAAGCUUUACAGAUAGAUAUAUACUACUAUAAUAGUCUACGCUUAAAAAGGAGGGACCAGCCCGCCAUUAAUGCAAUUCUUCGCACCUUCCUCAAAAACUUGCAACCCAUCAUCAUGUUCAUUGUUCACUCUCUACUUGCCUAGUUCCCAUUAUUACUAUCCAAGAAAAAUAUUCAAGCUUUCACUCCAACUUCGACAAUUCCCUUCCUCUGAAAACCCUUCCUGCUUUAAUCUGCUUCGGUGUUGGGUUGGGUUGGGUUGGUUUACACAGAAAAAGGACUUGAUCUGAUGGGGAUUUGCUUAAGUGCCAGAAUUAAUGAGAGUCCAAGCAACACAGGGCUGAGUUCGAAGUAUGUUAGCAGUGAUGGGAAAGAUACGAGUAGUACAAGCAGCAAAGCUUCAUCAUUUUCAGCACCUUUGACUCCCCGCAGUGAGGGUGAGAUCUUACAGUCCCCCAAUUUGAAGAGUUUCAGUUUCGCCGAUCUCAAAAUGGCCACUAGGAAUUUUCGUCCUGACAGUGUGCUCGGAGAAGGCGGUUUUGGCUCGGUGUUUAAGGCUUGGAUCGAUGAGAAUUCAUUAGCUGCUUCCAAGCCUGGAACUGGGACGGUUAUUGCUGUGAAAAGGCUUAACCAGGAAGGGUUCCAAGGUCAUAGGGAGUGGUUGGCGGAGGUGAAUUAUCUGGGACAGCUUUAUCAUCCUCAUCUUGUGAAAUUGAUUGGAUAUUGCUUAGAGGAUGAACACCGUCUUUUGGUGUAUGAAUUCAUGCCUCGUGGCAGCUUGGAGAAUCAUUUAUUCAGAAGAGGUACGUAUUUCCAGCCUCUUUCAUGGAGCCUUCGGAUGAAGGUUGCUCUUGGUGCAGCAAAGGGGCUAGCCUUUCUUCACAGUGCUGAAACAAAAGUGAUCUAUCGAGACUUCAAGACUUCCAAUGUCUUGCUUGAUUCGAACUACAAUGCAAAGCUUUCUGAUUUUGGGUUGGCCAAGGAUGGGCCAACAGGUGAUAAGAGCCAUGUUUCUACCAGGGUCAUGGGAACCUAUGGAUAUGCUGCUCCUGAGUAUUUAGCCACAGGUCAUUUGACUGCUAGGAGUGAUGUCUAUAGUUUCGGAGUUGUGCUGCUGGAGAUGUUAUCUGGGCGCAGAGCAGUUGACAAGAAUCGACCAUCCGGAGAACACAACCUGGUGGAAUGGGCCAAACCAUACCUGGCCAACAAACGCAAAAUAUUCCGUGUCCUGGAUAACCGUCUUGAACGCCAGUAUUCAAUGGAAGCUGCCUUCAAGGCCGCAACCCUUGCUUUGCGAUGCUUGUCUGCUGAAGCCAAAUUCAGACCGAGAAUGAACGAGGUCGUAACAGCAUUGGAGCAGCUCCAGGAUUCUGGUGAAUGUGGAAGCAAUCCAAACAACAUUAGCAGCAAACCCCGGAUACGCAGGCGAAGUACUGGUGAUACUAACAAUGGAAGGAGCACUGCUGCAUACCCUCGGCCAUCUGCUUCCCCUCUUUAUGCCUGAUAAUAGCAUAAGUCCGCACCAUGAAAGCUGCUUUCUUUUGAGGUAUAUUCAGGUGGAUCUUCACAGCUCAGCUAUCCAUUUCUUUUGUCAGCCUCCGUGACUGGACAGUAGUCAUUUUAGCUAGUGUAAUGAAAACCAAUCUGACAAAAUCGCAAGAUCUAACCCAUAACAAGGGGAAUGUGUGCAAUGCUGUAUAUCUUUAGAGAUGAUCAAGUGUUGUUUGUAACAAUUAUGAGCCAACUUAGAAAAAGGGUGUGAUUGCUUAUGUAUGACCACAACCAGGUUUAGUGAUUUAUAAUUAUAAUUAUAUAUAUGUAUAUAUCUUUUUUCCGGAUGAAUCUGUCAAUUCUCGGUGUACUGAUGUGUUAAUUGUGGCUUUCUGAGAAUGAUAAAGAGAGCAUUUGAAUAGCAGAGUAUGCAAUGUUUUGACUGGAAA